AUGGAGAUCUUUUGCGAGUAAGUCACAUGUGGAUUAUUUCUGAUUGAUUUCAAUUAAUUUAGAAUGAAUGUAACUGGUGAUGUUUUUCUUCUCCCUACCGAUUGGCAAGACGAUUAUUACGUCGAGUCGAGCAGAAUCCCUUCGCGGCCUGCGUCAUCGCUGAGAGGUUUGUAUAAUUUACGAUUGAAUUAUUUUCUUUUAUUAAACAUCUUUAAUUUCUAUGUUUUUAUACAACAAUUGGGAUUUUUACUUACAAUAUUCAUUUUAGGCAGCUUGGACGAGCACCAUCAGGAACGAUCAGAAUCUCCGCGUAUCUUCGAUGGUAUCUGAUUUCAAACAGUCUAACAAUUUAUUGCUGAUUUUUAGAGCGAUUGGCAAAGGAGCUCCGAAAUCGACUCUACUUCAUACCACGAGCACAGAAGGCUUUUCACGAUCCAGAAGAGUCUUCUGAGGAAACGAGUCAAAAUGAGAUAAACGGCGGAUGCGUAUCACCCAUCUCACCCCGUGCGGCAGUAACAUAUGCCCACAGAUCCAAUAAAAAGCUUCGCGUUUACGAUGAAGAAAAGAAUUCGGAAGAGAAUGUGCGUGGCAUUGUUGAAAUUCGGCAGUGCGACAAUCCAUCCAUUCGACAUACAAUGAAGGUUUCUCAAAAGAAUGUUUUUUUAUAAUUGAUUCAAUAUUUUGUAGGUGAUCGUUGUCGAUUGUCAUCACGACUUCGUGAUUCUGUACUCCACUGUCGGCCGCGAUAUCUUCGACGACUAUCCUUUCUCAAGUCGUUCCCCGAGGAACUUCGAGUGGUUUCUCGGCUUCGGUCUGAGCUACAAAAACCAAGGAGGACAACAAGUAACACAUCGCUCCGGCCGGAUCUGCUCCAUCAUGGUUGACUAUAGAGGGCAAAUGCUGGCAAGUGCUUCCAUCGACGGAGGAAAUUCUGGCGGCCCGUGUUACUCAGAAGACCGAUCUCUGAUCGGGAUCAUGGUGUCGUCGACUACAACAGAUCCUUUGCUCGCACAUGAAUAUGAUCGUGAAACAAUGGAAGAGGAGCUGCGAGACGCAUCCAGCAGUCCGGCCGAUACCUGGAUAACACCCGGAAACUUGAUAAUAGAAGCAUUCAGAGUAAGUUAUUUUAAAACCUAUAAAUUUGCAUAUAAUAUUUUUAGAUCUGGCAAGUACAACAAGGAAUUAUUAAAGUCCGACGAGAAAGAGAGCGUGGAGGUUCGAAAGCGAAGCGUAGGGCAAUUGACUCAUCGUGA